AUGGCUGUAACCCAACCCCCACCGCUACUAUUCGACAAUCUACCUGAACCAGUAGCGAGUUUAAAUGAGAUUGCUUUAGACGAGGCCCUCGACAUAUUAGAUCCCUUGCGACAUCUCAGGACCGAUGCCAACGGCUUCGCUCGAGAUGACGAAGAUACGGUCGUCGUACCUUCGCAGCCGCGAUCUAUCCUCGGUGAGACGAUCAGACUGACAUUUCCUGCGGAGUCCCCGCUUGUGUCGAUAUCACUCAAGGUUGAUGCAUCUCAUGGUUGUGGCGGCAUUGCUUGGCCCGCUGGUGAGGUUCUAUCAAAUUACAUCGCAUUUCGAGGCAUCGAGUAUCUUCGAGGCAAGAAGAUUGUCGAGAUCGGGAGUGGAACGGGACUAGUUGGUCUUGUAGCAGGCGCACUCGGUGGUACGGUCUGGAUCACCGAUCAAGCCCCGUUGCUGGGUAUCAUGCAACAAAAUGUGUCAUUGAACAAUUUGCAGUCCUGUGUCUCCGUUCGCGAACUCAAUUGGGGAGAGACGCCGCCCUCGGACAUACCUCCUCCUGAACUGAUCCUCGCCGCAGAUUGUGUCUACUUUGAGCCUGCUUUCCCUCUUCUUGUCCAGACCUUAUCAGAUAUGGUCGUCAGUGGCAGUACAGAAAUUUUAUUUUGUUACAAGAAGCGACGUAAGGCAGAUAAACGGUUCUUCACGAUGUUGAAGAAGAAGUUCAGUUGGGCAGAGGUGUUGGACGACCCAAAUCGCGAAAUUUACAAUCGCGAAGCCAUCUCGCUUCUAACUCUUACAAAGCGGUCAUGA